UGUCUGCCACUCCUUUUCGGCCUAGUGGCGCGCGGCGGGGCGGCGACCGGCGGCAACUUGAGCAGCUGAGAGUGCGGCGGAAGUGGCCGCCGAGCCCCCGCCGACGAUAUGCUGCCCCUGUCGCUGCUGAAGACGGCGCAGAACCACCCCAUGCUGGUGGAGCUCAAGAAUGGGGAGACGUACAAUGGGCACCUGGUGAGCUGCGACAACUGGAUGAACAUCAACCUGCGAGAGGUCAUCUGCACGUCCCGGGACGGGGACAAGUUCUGGCGCAUGCCCGAGUGCUACAUCCGCGGCAGCACCAUCAAGUACCUGCGCAUCCCCGACGAGAUCAUCGACAUGGUCAAGGAGGAGGUGGUGGCCAAGGGCCGCGGGCGCGGCGGGCUGCAGCAGCAGAAGCAGCAGCGCGGCCGAGGCCUGGGCAGUGCGGGCCGAGGUGUGUUCGGCGGCCGGGGCCGCGGCGGCCUCCAGGGCACCGGCCGGGGCCAGCCUGAGAAGAAGCCGGGCAGACAGGCGGGCAAGCAGUGAGGCCUCUGCUGCGGGGGCGGGGCCUCCCCCUCCUCAGGCAGCCAUGCGCCCUGGGCAGCCCUGCGGCUUCUGUGACUUUGCCGUCCCUGCAGCGGGCCGGUGCUCUUCAAGGCGGCUGGGGUCCGCAGCUUCUCCCGCGCCGCGGCCGUGGGUCUGGUUGGUCGCGGCCUGGCCCUGGCACCAGCCCUGUGUGUGGCAGCCGACAGCGGCUGCGCCCUGGGCCCCGCGCUGCCCUGCGCAGAGCCCACGCCGAGCCGGCGCCUGGGGUCUGCUCCUUCCGCUUCCCCUCUUGCAAAAUAAAAGCAACUGCACUGAGA